AUGUCAAAAUUAGGAGUUAUUCUUCAUAAUGAGCUCAAAAAAUAUUAUAAUGCUGGAAAAAAAGAAACUAGGAUUGAAAUUGAUACUUAUGAUUUAAUAAGUGAAACAUUAUUUCAUUGGGCCUGUACUGCAACCAAGAUAGAUAUUUUUCAAAAUCCGUAUUUCAUUGUGCCAUCAGAAGAUGUUAUAGAUACUGGUGGAGGUUUUAGGGAUGCUACUCAUAAAUUAUGGGAGGAUUUAAGGAAUAAAGGAUUAAAGAACAAUUCUUUAGAAUUGAUUGGAAAUUACAUAUUUUUGGCAGAAAAUCAAACUUCAAUUGGUGAUAAAUUUGGUUUUAUUUUGGGGAAAUUGUUAAUUUGGUGCCUUUUGCAUGGUGGUGCCUGGCCAUCUUGGCUCCAUCCUAUGCAUUUACAUUAUAUUUGUGAUAAGAAUAUUAAUUAUAUUGAAAUCUUUAAAGAAUUAAAUCCAAAUAUAUACAAUUGCAUCAAAAAAUUAGAAUCAGGUGAUAACUCACAUUUUAAAGAUGUUAUUGAUUAUGCUAAACAUUACAAUGAGAAUAGAAUUUUUCAAAUCAAUCGGAAGGAUAUUGCAAACCAUAUUUCAAAAUUUGUAAUAUUGGAUAGUCGAAAAAAUGUAUUAGAUGACCUGAAGAAAGGAUUUAAUUAUUUUGAUCAAAUCCAGACAUUGAGAAACAUGAAUUUUACAAAAAUAUUAUCUGCUUUAUAUAUUAAAUUAGAAGGUAAAAUGGUCUGGUGCCAAUUUGAUCAUGUAUAUAAUGAAAAAAUCUUUAAAAACGAAAAGGCCAAAAGUGAAUUAUAUACUUUGUUAAAAAAUUGGGUUUUAAAUCAAAAUGAAACAACACUUGAUAAAUUUUUAAAGUUUAUAACUGGUUGUAAUCGUUUUCCUGUCAAAGAAAAAAUCAAAGUCCACUGGAGGGUUAGUAAUUCAAAAAAAAUGUUAGGACGUAUUCCAAUGGCAAACACUUGUUCCUGUGUGUUGAUUCUAUGUGAAAAUUUUGAAUUAUCCGAGGGUGAUAAAAAAGCUUUUGAAGAAAGUUUGGUGAUUGCAUGUGAAAAUAAUGAAGGAUUUUCAGAAUCCAGCAUAAUAAAAAUUAAUUAUGAUUACCCAAUUUUUCAAGGAAUGAAUCCAUCAACACCUCAAAAUCAAAACCAUCAACCUUUAUAUACAAGCAAUAAUGAUAAUUUACAAUCCAAUUUUUCUCAUCAACAACAACUACUUAAUACAUUUGACAAUUCACAAUCAUCAGCUAAUUCUAAUUUAUGUUUUCAACAAUCAUGCAAUAUCUUUGAUAAUCCACAAUAUAAUGUGUCUCAUCAACAAUUUUUUCCAAAUGUUAACUUAAAUUUUUCACAACAACCAUCCAACAACUUUGUUGAACCACAGUUUAAUGUUACUCAACCUUUAGAUUACAACUCAUUCUCUAGGCUCCAAAAUUACAAUACUUACAGUUAUAAUCCUUUAAAUCUAACUAAUAACCAGUGA